AUGGGGGAAAUUGUGCCGUACCAGGACCAAGUCAAUUUCAACGUAUUGCACUAUCCGCCAAUUUCUGAGGUCACGGAGGCGCUGCCUCAGGACGGGCAGCCGGAGAGGCGGGUGGCUCUCUGCCGUUGCUGGCAGUCACGCAAGUACCCCUACUGUGAUGGGGCACAUAAGGCCAUGGUGCAGAAUGGCGAUAAUGUGGGUCCAUUCAUCGCUGUUUUGCGUAGCAAAGCCAGCAUGAAAGAAAUGCAAAAUAACAGUCAACGCCAGCAGCAGCUCCAAAAGAUGAACCAGCAAACGAGAACCGCAUUGCGUGUAGGGCUCCGCGCGGCAAGAGGAUCUGCAGUGCUUGCAGGUUUGGUAGCUGGAUCUCUAGGCGGCUACGUAGCUGCAGAUUUCGUAGCGAGGUCGCUAAGACAGAGGCCUCUUGAGGUGGCUUCCCCUGACCGAAGUUUCUUCUACGAGCUAAGCCCUUCGCCGGUGUAA